CAAGGGGAAGUCAGUGAACGGUCACGUGCUCUAAGCCUGGUCACGUGCCCAACAUGUCUGCGCCCACGGAGUAGUGGCUGAGCUGCGAAGUGGGCGCUCGUUAAGUGAUUGUGUACGUCGGGGCUUUGGAAACGUACAGACAUCGUGAUUUCUCUCUCUCUCUCUCUCUCUGUUUCCAAUCGAGGCAACAGAAGGUGUUCGUACAUCUCCCGCUGGUCGUUCCAGGCGCGCCACCGAGGUUUGCGUUCAACUCAAGAGAUUGAGAAUGGAGGAUAGUUUGCCACCAAACGACAAAAAAAAUUCCGAACCUUCGAUUGCCAAAGAUGAUUUAAUCGGAAUGCUUAUGAAACGGAUGGAACAGCUUCCAGAAGGCGAGAGAAACAUUAUUACUUAUGGAUCAGUCUACCUUGGGAUAAAUUCAGCAUUUGCUGGUUUAAUAGCGAACAGUUUCUUUCGAAGAAUACUCAAUAUCUCACAGGCUCGUUUUGCUUCGAGUUUGCCUAUGGCAGUUCUUCCAUUGCUAUCAACUGUAGCACUUUACAAUGCUGCUAUGAUAAAACCUAUGAUUUCAGGUGACUUGGACUGCCCCACUUGUGUUCUAGUUAGAGGAGGAUUAGUAGCUUCUCUUGCUGGAGGCCUUUAUCCCAUUGCUUUGGCUGUGCCCAUCAAUGCUGGCCUUGCAGUACGGUAUAAUACAGCUCCAAUGCCAGAAAAGGGAAAUAUUUUACAAUUCUGGUUAAAAGUCUGUCAGCCAGUUCUGAAGAAAAUGAGCUUUGUCUUAAUUCUCCAAGCUAUCUUUGGCGUUUACCUGAGUUCCAGACAAUAUGGCAUCUACCUGAAAAUGUUGGAACUUCCGGCAACUCAUACAGAUCCUGAAGAAUUAUCACAGUAAAGCAGGACAUUUGUUUAAUAAUGAAAAGAAAGAUACAUUGAAAAAAUAAAUAUUGACUUAUUU